AUGUUUCUUAACCAAUUACUAACUAAUUAAAAUUAAGUAUUAAAUUAUUUAAAUCAAUUAGGUUGGAUUGUUUGACAGUUUAGAAACUAUAACAACAAAUGAAAAUUCAUUAUCUUAGGAUCUUCAUCCUUUUUGA